UUUUGAAAAAUUUUUAAGCGAAAAUGGAAAGCGGAAAAAAUAAACUUACAACGAAACAACAGUUUGAAAACUAGUUGAGCUGAUGGAGAAGCAUCCCGAAACUGGACGAGGCAAGCCGCAAUUUGGAAGCAGCAAAAGUAAAAGCAAGGGAUUGUGGGAGCAAUUUGCCAUAGAGCUAAACAGUUUAGCACCACCAACAAGAACUGCGCACGAGUGGGGACGAGUUUGGAUACACUAUAAGGCAAAUUUAAAAAGGAAGCUUGCCAACAAUCGCAGCAAUAUUCUUGCAACUGGUGGUGGUCCGUCGCAAGAGGUUUCUUUAAAUCCACUAGAAGAAAGUGUUGCGGAACUUAUUCAGAUAAGGGAACAAGUUGCAGUCAGUGGCCGGGCGUUCGGGGUAGAGAAUAUACCACCGGUGAUGGAUGGCGAAGAAAUAGAAGACGGCUUAGUUGCAGCUUCGUCAAUGGUUGAUUUGCCCCAGGUAGCAAACAUUGAAGAUCGGCCCUCUUCGUCAGCAUCGCGUGUACAAAAUCGCCGCAGAAGCUGCAAUUUAGAAACUGAGCGUCUAGAGCUCCUAAAAAUGCAGGCAGAAACGCAAAAAGAGGUACUAAAAAAAAUUGAUAGAAUUGAAAAGACGGCGUACAAAAAUUACGACAUUAAUAAAAAAUUGCUGCACAUAAAGCAACAAAAAUAUAAAUUGUUUGAAAGGCAGGCUAGGGAAGCCCAUGAACUACAUUUGUUGAAGGUAGAGGUUGAGCAAUUAAAAAUAGCUAAAUUAAGAGGCUAUUUGCAAGACAAGAACAGCUCGUGAAUGGAGAACUGAUGUUUAUUUGACAAACAUUGAAAGGGCUUUAAUUUAAUAAUUUGAAAUAUUUUUAAAUUUAAUUUUACAACAUGAAGUAAUAUUUUUUUUUUUAUUAAUUAUAGGUUUUGCAAUCCCUAAUUUUAAGACCACAUGAAGUGAUAUUUUUUUUUAAAUUAACUAUUUUGAAAAACCUAAUUUUAAGAGCACAUGAAGUGAUACUUUUUUAAAUUAACUAUUUUGAAAAACCUAAUUUUAAGAGCACAUGAAGUGAUACUAUUUAAAUUAACUAUUUUGAAAAACCUAAUUU